AUGUCUGGAAGAGGCAAAGGCGGCAAGGGACUCGGAAAAGGAGGCGCCAAGCGUCACCGCAAAUCCGCCGUCUGGCUCCGCCGCGGCGGCGUGAAGCGUAUUUCCGGUCUGAUCUACGAGGAGACCCGCGGUGUCUUGAAGGUGUUCCUGGAGAACGUGAUCCGUGACGCAGUCACCUACACCGAGCACGCCAAGAGGAAGACCGUUACCGCCAUGGACGUGGUCUACGCUCUGAAACGUCAGGGACGCACCCUGUACGGUUUCGGCGGUUAAACGCACUCUCUUCGGAACCUCAACACCCCGACUCGAACCCAAAGGCUCUUUUAAGAGCCACC